AUGCAAUAUUACCAAAAUCUUACAAAAUGCUUAGAUUGUUAUCGUGCUAAUGACAUUGGGAACGUUUCGGUUGCUAACGUGAAUAAUUAUAAAUCAGCAUGUUCUUCAUUGGGUGUGUCGUUCACUGAUGCUAGUACUGCGAAAAAAGUUCUUAUUGGAGUUAUUGUAGGUUUAGUUGGUUUGAUGCUGAUAGGUGUGGGUGGUUGGUUAUAUUGGCGUAAAAGCAAAAAUCAUCCAAGAUUAGAUAAUGAACCUCCCCCUCCUGAUCUGGAUCCUAGUCAAUAUGACGCUCCUGCACCUACCUCUCCGACUGAUGCAAACACAGAAGUUGUUCAACCUACUUUGCCCACUGUACCUCCAUAUGGUAGUAGUCAACCUGAACAAUACUUUGGUAGUGGUGUACCCCCUUCUCCUCCUCCUGACCGAUACGGCCAAUACAGUCAAUACUAUACUAGUCAACCAUCAUCUCCUCCACCAGGGCAACAAACCUCAUAUGGAGGCGUUCCUCCAAGAACUUCAUCUCCACCACAAAGUCAACAUCCAUCAUAUUAUAGUGUUAGUAGUUCUCAACCAAUUUUACCUCAAUCUUCGGGUGAUGAUGUGUCAGGUCGUUACUCACAGCAAUAUUCUUCUGGACAAUUUGGUGGAAUACCUGAACAGGAACAAACUACUAUGCCAUUACCAGUACCAACUCCAGCCGAAUAUCAACAACAUAGUUAUCCAAUUCAAUACCAGCAAGGUUAUCCACCACCUCAACAAGGUUAUCAAGGUUAUUCUCCACAGGGUUAUCCUCAACAAGGUUAUCCUUCACAGGGUUAUCCUCAACAAGGUUAUCAUCCACAAGGUUAUCAUCCACAAGGUUAUCAUCCACAAG